GGUUGUGAGUUCUGGUAGUGCGGCGAUAUCGUGCAACGGUGAGGACGGUGGGGUUGGGAGAUGCCGUGAUCUGCGGUGAGUUGUCACUUCCGGGUUGAGUUGUCACCCUUACAACAGAGACACCAGAAUUGAAGCCCUCGCAAACAACAACAGCAAUGCUCAGAACAGCCCCCCGCAAAGCCCCCAGGUCCCGCUCCCGGUCCUCAUCCCCACCCCCAUCCCUUUCUGCAUCCACAACAACCCCCUACCGCGCUAGCACCCCCAAACUCACCCCGCAAGUCCAAAAACAACUCGACGCCCUCACACGAGCGGAGAUAUCCCUGCAGACGCAAAUCACAGAGCUGGCUGAGUCGGCAGGCCCACAUAUGGAGUUGCUGGCGAUGAAUGAUCGGAUACGCGCGGAAUUGAAGGGGAUUAAUCGGGGGGUUGAGAAUUUGAGAUUUUUGGCGGAAGAGGAGGAUCGGCCGUCUGACGCGGAGUUGAUACGGGAGAAGGCAGCACAGCAUGAGGAGCAGUAUAAACGCCUCCAACUAUCACUCCGCCGCUCCAACCUGCAAGCAAAAGCCAACAUUGACCGCGCCGCGGCUGCCGAGCGGGAAGAGCUGCUGAAAGGCGGCACGGACCGUCGGCAGCUGCGUAUGCGCAAGAUGGCCGACGCGGCUGCCACCGCGCAGGCCAGUUCGGAGCUGACUGACUCGCUACGACAGGCGUUGGGCAUGAUGACGGCCGAGGUGCAGAAGGGGGUGGAGAUCACAAAAGCUUUUGACGACUCGACGAAAAUCAUGCAAAAGACAUCUGCCGAAUACCGCAGCCUGUCGAUGGUCAUCCGCUCCUCCCGGCAACUCAUCACCAAGCUCCAGCAGCGGGAUUGGACAGACCGGCUGCUGCUGCUGUUCGGCCUGCUGGUUUUUUCGCUCACUGUGCUGAGUAUAUUGAGGCGCAGGCUGUGGAUUUGGGUGCCAGGGUGGAAGCUUGUUACGGGGCAGUGCAAUGGGGAUGAGUGGUUUUGUUUUUGAAGUGCAGGGGUGUUUGCAGAUUUAGCUGUAGCCGAAGGAUAGCUAUCGGUGACGUUUUUGGAAAAACAUUGCAUAGGUCCCUGUCUAGAUAUGCGGCGAUCUUUACUACUCUAUGUCUACAGGCCACAUUUCCCAGAAGUAUGAAGCCCCUCUCAAAGCCUUGUAACCCCACCUCAAUCCUAGGCCUCCAGACGCCG